UCGAACACUAAGCUUCCUUAAAAUAUUGUCUAUUGCUUUACUUUGGAAAUUCAGGAAGGAUCGCAGAAUUUAUCUCAAGAAUUAAUUUAGAAAAUUAAAAGUUGUUGAGAAGGAUCAUUGCAAGAAAAUGAAUACUAAAUUGGCUCUCAUUGCGUGUCUAUUUCUCUUUGCAUUUGCUUACGCCACUGAAGAUGACAAUUCUAAGCUCGAUAAUGACAAUAAGGGUGGGCAUGGACCAGGCUAUUACGAUAUUGCUGAAAAGGAUGUCCAUAAACUAGACCCGUACGAAAUUGCCGACAAAGAUGCAUACAACGAACUUGGAGAAAUAGAUGAGUCUUAUGACAUGGAUAAAGGAUUCGAUUCAGAAUUUGAGAAUGGUCUAACCGAGAAAAGCACCCAGGCCUUUUGGCGCCGUCGCCGCCGCCGUCGUCGUCGUGCUCCAGCCCCUGCUCCGAAACCUCGACGUCCCAUCAUCUUCCAUUUUUAUCGUCGUCGACAGAUUUUCGUCUAUGGCAAAAAACGAUAAAAUAUUCACUACAGAAUUAAACUAGUUUAUAAGGUCCAUUUUCCUAAAAUUAGAGAGCAACCAAGACAGAUAAGAAUCGUAUACUGUCUAUAUUUUGCUAAACUAAGAAUGUAGAAUAUUUAAAUGCUAUUUUAUCGCAUCUUGUUAACAGUAGUUUAAAACUGAAUGAUCCGUAAAGUAUUACUGCUAGUUCAUGGCUAGACGAAGUAGUCUAUAAUUGCAAUAUCAAAUUAAAAUUUUUCAGUAAUAAUAUGUUAUUUACGUUAUGUACCUGAUAUUGCCUGUAUCUGAUCCUAGUCUUCUUUUUUGGUCACAAAAUAAACGUUUCAUAUACGAUGAAU